AUGUUGCUCACCUUUGAUGACCAGUUCCUGCUGACUGUUGCUGAGGAUGGCUGCCUGUUUACCUGGAAGGUCUUUGAUAAAGAUGGCCGGGGUAUCAAGCGAGAGGGAGAGUCCUUUGCUGAAGAGGUUCUUGUGACUAAAACAGACAUGGAAGAGAAGGCUCAGGUUAUGUUGGAGCUGAAGACUCGUGUGGAAGAGUUAAAAAUGGAGAAUGAGUAUCAGCUUCGACUGAAGGAUAUGAACUAUUCUGAGAAGAUUAAGGAGCUAACUGACAAGUUCAUUCAAGAAAUGGAGUCCUUAAAAACAAAAAACCAGGUUUUAAAAACAGAAAAAGAAAAGCAGGACAUACAGCACCGUGAGCGAAUUGAUGACCUCCUAGACAAACAAAGCCGGGAACUGCAAGAUCUGGAAUGUUGCAACAAUCAGAAGUUGCUUCUAGAAUAUGAGAAAUACCAGGAGCUGCAGCUCAAGUCCCAGAGGGCAGGAGGAGUAUGAAAAACAGCUUCGGACAAUGAUGAGACCAGGAGCCAGGCCCUGGAGGAGUUGACUGAGUUUUACGAGGCCAAGCUGCAAGAGAAAACCACCCUUCUAGAGGAGGCACAGGAAGAUGUCAGGCAGCAGCUGCGGGAGUUUGAAGAAACCAAGAAGCAGAUUGAAGAAGAUGAAGAUCGAGAAAUCCAAGAUAUCAAAACCAAGUAUGAGAGAAAGCUUCGUGAUGAAAAGGAAUCCAACCUGAGCUCAAGGGAGAAAACAGGCAUCAUGAGGAAGAAGUUCAGCAGCCUGCAGAAGGAGAUUGAAGAGCGAGCUAAUGACAUUGAGUCUAAAGGGGAGCAGGUAAAGCUGCAAGGAGUCAUCAAGUCCCUGGAAGACAUCCAAGGCCUCAAGCGAGAGAUCCAGGAAAGAGAUGAGACAAUUCAAGACAAGGAAAAGCGAAUAUAUGAUUUGAAAAAGAAAAAUCAAGAGCUAGAGAAAUUCAAGUUUGUGCUUGACUACAAAAUAAAGGAGCUGAAGAAGCAAAUAGAACCUCGAGAGUAUGAGAUCAAGGUGAUGAAGGAACAGAUUCAGGAGAUGGAAGCCGAGCUAGAGCGUUUCCAUAAACAGAACACGCAACUGGAGCUGAACAUCACAGAACUGUGGCAGAAACUGAGAGCCACUGACCAGGAGAUGCGCAGAGAGCAGCAGAAGGAACGGGACUUGGAAGCAUUGGUCAAACGGUUUAAGACCGACCUUCACAACUGUGUGGCAUAUAUCCAGGAACCGCGCCUGCUGAAGGAAAAGAUCCGAGGUCUCUUUGAGAAGUACGUGCAGCGGGCAGACAUGGUGGAGAUUGCAGGGCUGAACUCGGACCUGCAGCAGGAGUAUGCCCGCCAGCGGGAACAUCUGGAGAGGAACCUGGCCACUCUCAAAAAGAAGGUGGUCAAGGAGAGUGAGCUGCACCGCACAGACUAUGUCCGUAUCAUGCAGGUACCAGCCCGGCAUGUGCCCCCAGCAACCUGA